GUCGCCUCCAAGUCUCAACGCCAAUCUGUACAACGAACGAUAUCGAACUGAAAACAAGAAAAAGAGCCCCUUUAAGUCCAAAAUUGCAGCCACCUAAACAAGUCUCUCCCUGCGCAGAGUAGCAACUGGGACCACUCGCACCCCGAUGCGAGCAUGCGCGCCUCCAGCGAUGCGAAGAUCAUCCAAGGCUCCGAACGGUUUUUACCAUCGUGUCCAACCUUGAAGCUGAGGUCAAAUCCAAGAAUCGCGAAUUCCAGGCGAAGACGUUCUCGGAGUGAUCUUUUAUCUCAGCUGUUGGACAUCUGCUUUUUUACCACCAGGACCUACUACGUUACCCCUGUCGUCUCGGUCCUCGUGAAAGCUGCAAUUAUCGCCAUGUGCUUUUUUGCUUCUGCCGACGCAACCGUACAAGCGGGCCCGGAUUUUUUCGUUCCCCCCGUCGCCACAGACUACAAUGUGCCCCCGGAACUGCGUAUGGAUUGCAAUAAUGUCUGGGUCUAGAAGAAUACAAACUUGCGAUGCGCAUUUCAGAACACAUACACAGAAAGAUCUCUCAUGCAUAGGUAGCAAAAGCUGCCCACUUUCUGUCACCAAAAUGGCGGAUUUGUCAUGCGGAUUCGGCAUGGCGGAAGCUUCUCGAGAGCUGUGAUGCUAGAGCUUCCACGCCAGAGCUCCUGUGUCAUGCAAAAACAGCACGACUCUUGCAGACCCAGACAUUUUUACAUUUGAUACUGCGCCGGCCCGACAAAGAUUGGCUGGUCACCUGCCACCAAGCGGUCGCCUACCGUCGGUGCGCGCAGGAUAUCCUGUGCAAAAGUAUCGUACUCGUAUUGCAGUCAUGCAUUACAAAUUUUUUUCUCAAGGUGAAUCCGCACUCCAGAUUUUAUUUCUCAUGCUGAGGAAAUUUGUAAUGCAUUUAUACGACUACGACACUUUUGCACCGCAUACAGGAGGUUUUGCUGGAUUUCGUGAAAACUACAGGCGGGCCGCGAGCAAGUUCUACUUCCGAGAGCUCCUACUUCAAAGGGUCAGUAGACCACGGAGUAACUACCUUGUCUGUUGUAACAGCCACGAGGAAAAAAUCAUCUGCAGCCCCUGUUGCUGCGCAGAUGAACCAGAACAGAAAGCGGUACUAUGCCGCUUCUGCCAAGCACCGUAACAGGGUGAAGACGGUGCUGCUGCAGCGGCUGCUGAAGCGAAGGGGAACGUCGGAGGACUUUUUGGCAACGCUGAACCCGGAAGAGCACUUUUGCAGCAAGAAGGAGGAGUUUGCGGAGGGGAAAUUCGAGAUGUUGAACGAAAACAUUCGGAGAAAAGAUUCAAAAUGCACCAUCGACAACUUCAAGCGCAACCGGCACUACCGACUGAUCCUCGAGCACGUGACCCCGCAGGAGGGGUACGAAAACCACGCUUAUGUCAAGGCGUUGCUGCGGGGGAUGAGAAGAACAAGCAGUACAAGAACACGAGCCGAAAGUGGAACUACAAGUCGUGCAGACCAGCACAGCAACUCCCACUCGCUCUUGUUCGACCGCGACUCUGUCCUCUGGCAGCACCUCCGCCGGACGAACGGCAUCGGGGGUCCCUUACUCGCAGAUUUUCAGGACCCAGUGGGAAAAAUUUCGCCGACGAUGGUGAGAUAUGUCCGGGAACUGCUGGAUCUGCACCCAGUCGUCGAGGCUUUGUUGGCCAAGAGUAGUGAAGAAGAUGUUGUUGAACAAACUCCUGCUAGUACAAUUAACCUCCGCAGCGCAGGAGUAGCAGUAGCAUCAGCAUCAGCAUCAAAACCGCAGCCGGGUACCAUCCGGAUUGCGGAAAUCGGUGUGGGGCACGGUGGGUUCGCGUUCUGUUUCUUCAGCGUUUAUGGGAAAGAGAGGAUAAAGUCCUACACCUUCGCUGACUUGCCGGAGGUGGAAGAUUUGGCGUAUCUAGCAACGUCGCAGUUAUUGGCUUACUCAGAGGAGGAGGAGGAAGUUCUUGUUUCACCGCAAGUGCAAAGCGCCACAGCAGCUAGCGGAUCUUCCGGAGGAGUAGAUCAUGGUUCGCAGGAAGAGCAGCUAGGCAGUUCCGCUGCAGUUUUGUCCAACAUGCCGGAGCUCAAGCUGUUUUCUGACGAAGGAGCUGGAGAUAAAGAAGCAUCUUCGUCUUCCUCGUCUCCCAAAAAUAAUUCAUCUCCGCCCAUAGUACAAGUACACUACGACCUGUGCGUGUCAAACCACGCGUUUUCGGAGUUGCGCUCCCGGGACAUCGCGGAUCACUAUGUGAGAAAUCUCUUCAGGUACUGCAAAUUCGUCUCGCUCAGAUACACGAAGGAUUUUCACUCGGAGGCAAUCGACAUCGAGGGGGAGUACUUGCCGAAGAUUAGAACGGCGAUGGGAGGCGGUGGGGGUGGUGAAGAAGAUAUUACAACCUCUACCUCCACCCGUGUCACUGUGCACACCUACAAUUCUGUUCCCCCGCCGCACGGUGCGGGGGUGGGCGCGGUUGCAAAAGUGGCGGUCUUGUGGAGGACGGACCUGUUGCCGGGGCUGGAGUUUCUUCCAGUUACUUCUAGUAGGACUAGGACAUCAUCAGAAAGAGAAACCGAGGAACUGUCUAUCAGUCGCAACUACACCGCGCGGGUUCGUCAUUCAUUUUCCCAGACAUAGCACUAGCUCUACCACCAGCAGAAAGAGUUACGCUGCCGGAUUAUCUGUGGCAGCCCGGUAGAAACGAUCUUCUAUUUAUUUCAUGUUUAU